AUGAAAUUAACCGAAGGAGACCGUGAUAAGGUCUACUACUGUAAUAGAAAGGAAUGCUUGGCUGAGGCUAUAAGAAGAAUCGACAGUGAUGUUGAUUCUUGGGAGUUUGUAGAAGCUGUUUAUAGUGAGUCUGAGUUGGAUGUGUACAUUGAUCACCAAAAUGAACUAAUUCUUGAUUGGGUUGAUAAUGAGGUUUUAGCAGAUGAUAUAAGUGAUGAUAAUGAGUAUGACUUGGAUGAAGAAGAUGACAAGGACUCAGAAAUUUCUGAUACUACAAAAUAUGAACAUGAACGUGAUGAAGAGGUUUAUACUUUUGACAAAACUGUUGGGGACAAACUUACUUCCAAGUGA